AUGGCAAACAACAGUGAGAAUGAGUCACAUAAUGAUGAUAUCCAUGGACAAUUGGUUGAACAAGGUUCGGGAUUGGUUAAAGAAGUAAGAGUGUUGAAACAACAAUUAGCAGAGAUGUACCAAGCUUGGGUGAAUGGACAGGCACCGCCCUCACUACCCAUAGGGCCUUCGGAUAAUCUUCAUAAUGUUACAUCCAUUCCACAUCCUCUAACCGCACCCAUCAGAAAUAAACCACCUACUAUACCCAUUGUCCCUACUUUCACCGUUCCUCAACCGGCUCUCGCUCAAAAGCUCAACAAUGAUCCACAGUUGAAUGCUCAUGAUGCCCAACAUUACUCUCCAGAACUGACUUUCAAGGUUCCAGAUUCAUACAAGCAUACUCCUCAGAACAUGUUCCCAGUUGAGAUUGAAAAGCCCGACAAGAAUAUGGAACAAGAGGAAAUGACCAGAAAAAUGAAGAGCUUAGAACAAACCAUGAGAAACAUACAUGGUUUGGGAGGCCACAAGAGUAUUUCGUUUAACGAUCUUUGCAUGUUCCCCCAUGUUCAUUUGCCACCCGGCUUCAAGACCCCCAAGUUUAACAAGUAUGAGGGGCAUGGUGACCCCGUUGCCCAUUUGAAGAGGUAUUGUAACCAACUAAGGGGAACAGGAGGUAAAGAAGAAUUACUCAUGGAUUAUUUUGGGGAAAGUUUGAUAGGAAUCACGUCAGAGUGGUUCAUAGAUCAAGACAUCUCUCACUGGCACGUUUGGAACGACAUGGCUCAAGAUUUUGUCCAACAGUUUCAGUACAAUAUUGAUAUAGUGCCAGACCAGACCCUACCUGUUGGGAUCAAACUGGGUUUGUUGUUGUUGUUGCCAGACCGCUCCUUUCUCGUCAACAUAAAGAAGAAACCAAUAGAAAGCUUCAGAGAAUAUGCAAUCAAGUGGAGAAAGCAGGCUGCUAGGGUCAAACCACCAAUGAAAGAGGCAGAAACGAUUGACUAUUUUCUCCAAGCUCAGGAUCCUGAUUACCUCCAUUAUAUGUUGGCCGCCAUUGGUAAACCUUUUGCUGAGGCGAUUAAGAUUGGGGAAAUAGUUGAGAAUGGCAUGAAGUCGGGUAAAAUUGUGAGUCAGGCAGCCCUUAAGGCGACCACGCAAGCAAUUCAAAGCGGGUCAGGCAGUUUCGGAAAUCGAAAAAAGAAGGAGGAAGGAUCCAUGAUGGCAUCUGGGUUCGGAGGAGUUCAAAGAGGAAUAGUUCCUUAUUAUGUGCAAUUCCAACAAGGACAAUCCAAUUCUCCUCAACAUUAUUAUGCACCUCAGGGUCCCCGGUACUCAGUUCCCUCGCAACAAUAUACAGUGUUUAAUGCUCAAGCUUAUGCUAGAACUCCCAAUCACCAACAAUGGCGGGCACCGAUUCCACAAGGCUCCCGUCAACUCCGGCCAAAUUUUCAGGCGCCAUAUAAUCCUCGUCCCAGACAGGAAUAUGUGAGAGAACAGGAUCCAAAGAAAGAGUUCACUCCAAUUGGAGAAUCUUAUAUAAUCCUAUUUCGAAAGUUGAUAUGUGAGUAUCACUCUAACACCCAAGGUCAUAGUACCGAAAAUUGUUGGACAUUAAAGAAAGCCAUUGAAAAUUUGAUUGAAGCAAAGGCAAUUGUGGUGACAAACAAUGAGGAUACUCCUAAUAUCACAAACAAUCUGCUCCCAGCUCACGAUAAUACACAUUUUAUUGGGAUGAUUUGUGAUGAUCGAGAUUCUAAGCAGUCUGGUUCUGAAAAAACGAUUCUCAAUGUCGCUGGAAGCACAAAAAAGGUUGAGGUUCAAUUGGGUGGGCCAAAACUUUACAUCCCUUGGGGCAUUCAAAUGAUUGUUCCAAAUAAUGGUUUGAGAAAUAUAAUAAAGCCAGUUGUGAUCCGACCUGUUGUACAACUCCCAGUGACAAACACAAAAGCUAUUCCAUGGAAUUAUAACAAAACUUUCAUGACAUACAGAGGAAAAGAGAUAGGGGAAGAAACAGAUGAAAUGUGGGGCUUGACCCGCUCUGGAAGGUGCUACUCACCAGAGGAAUUGAGAAAAGCUAAGCAGGCCAGGGAAAGUCACUUGCUAGUGAAAGAACCCGUUGCAGAAAAAGAGGCAGAGGAAUUCCUUAAGAAGAUGAAAAUGCAAGACUACUCAAUCAUUGACCAACUAAGGAAAAUCCCUGCUUAG